GUAAUGGUGGAUUAAGGAAGAAAACUGAAAGAAGUUUUAAGAAUAUCCUGAAUUCUUCGCCAUUUCUUCAGAGUUUGUGUGUUGGGCGAGGUUUUAAGUUUUACAAAAUGGCGACGGAUGAGUUAGCUAACAAACUUAACCGCCGAAUGGUUUUGAAUGAGGGUGACGAAGAAGAACAGGCGAAAAUUCAACAAUCGUCUCAAAAAGUUUUUAAUGUCUACACAGAAUUUAAAGAGUUCAGUCGAAAACAGAUCAAGGAUUUUCAGAAAAUAUUUAAAAAAUAUGAUGUAGGAAAUGAUAAUUUUAUAGAUUUUACUGAGUUAAAAUUGAUGAUGGAGAAACUAGGAGCUCCCCAGACCCACCUAUCUUUAAAAUCAAUGAUUAAAGAAGUUGAUGAAGACCAUGAUAGUUUAAUUAGUUUUAGAGAGUUUUUGUUGAUAUUUCGAAAGGCUGGUGAUGGAGAAUUAAGUGAAGAUAGUGGUUUAUUAGAAUUAUAUAAAAACGUCACAGAAAUCGACGUUGACGUGGAGGGAGUGGGUGGAGCUAAAAAUUUCUUUCAAUCUAAGAUUGAGGCUCAGUCAGCAGAUAAAAAAUUUGAAAAUGAAAUCAAACAGGAACAGGAAGAACGAAAGGUACAGGCCGAGGAGGCGAAAGUGAGGAAACAGGCGUUUAAAGAUAAAGCUAACUUCUUUCAGAAUGUACAUUGAUUGUAUUCAAUACGUGUUAUUAUCUAUGAUAUCUUUAAUCACACAAAAAACAACAAACAAAUAUUCAAAUCUAAAUUUUCAUGAUAUUAUAAAGAUAAAAUCAUAGAAUAAUUUUUAAUUCAUAUACUGUAGUAUAUUCGACCAGUUACUUAAUUUAUCAUAAUCAAAACUAUAAAUAUUGACCAAUCAGAAGUUUCUAUACCAUAACCAGCAAAUCUUUACUUAAAUCUGAUUGGCUAUGAGCUGUUAAACCUAUGCAAACUGGAAACUAU